AUGGCCUCUUCUGAAGCACCAACACAACCAUCAGCAGAAGCUUCGACUCAAGAAUCUCAAACUCAAAGGAAUGUUAGGGCAAAAACCGAUAUAGCUUGGGGUCACGCUAAAAUUGUCCUAGACGGUGACAAAGAAAAACCACAAUGUAUCUAUUGUAACAAAGUUAUGAAGGGAGGUGGAAUUAAUAGAUUAAAGUUACACUUGGCUGGAGAAACUGGACAAGUCGAAGCAUGCAGCCAAGCUCCUGAAGAAGUCCGCUUUAAGAUGAAACAAAAUCGUGAAGAGCAAACACAAAGAGAACAACCUAGGUCAGUGGUUGUUGCAUCUCAAAAGGGAACGAACAAUGGAAGCUUUGAUAAUUACUUUUUGCCUAGAACAACUCCUGGAUCACAGCCUACUAUAAAAAGUGUUUUGCAAACCAAGGAAGUUGUAGAAAAGUGUGAUCUUGCACUUGCAAAAUGGUUCAUUGCUGCAUCUAUUCCCUUCAAUGCAGCAAAUUCACCAUAUUUUCAGUCUGCGGUCGAUGCUCUUUGUUGCAUGGGAGCCGGAUAUAAAGCUCCUUCUAUACAUGAUUUGCGUGGUCCUUUGCUAAAUAAGUGGGUUGAUGAAACAAAGAAAAAGAUAGAGAAAUACCGUGAGAUUUGGAAGAAUACUGGUUGUACUCUUAUGGCAGAUGGGUGGACUGACGGGGUUAGGAGAACUCUGAUAAACUUUUUAGUUUAUUGCCCUAAAGGAACAGUUUUUAUCAAAUCUGUUGAUGCUUCAGGUGCUUCAAAAACUGGUGAGAUGUUGUUUAAGCUUUUCAAGGAAAUAGUGUUAUAUAUUGGCUCUGAAAAUGUUGUUCAGAUAGUGACAGAUAAUGCUGCAAACUAUGUUGCUGCUGGUAGGUUAUUGGAAAAAGAGUUCCCUGGCCUGUAUUGGUCUCCUUGUGCAGCUCAUUGCAUUAACUUGAUGUUUCAAGACAUUGGAAAAUUACCUGAAGUUAAAGAGGCAGUUUCACAUGCCACAAAUGUUACCAAGUAUAUAUAUAAUCAUUGCUAUCCAUUGUAUUUGAUGAGGAAAUUUACUCAUGGAAGAGAGAUACUUCGUCCUGCUCCAACUCGCUUUGCCACUAAUUUCAUUGCUUUGCAGAGUAUUUUGUCUCAGAAAAAUGCACUUAGAGCCAUGGUAACAUCUCAAGAAUGGACAACUUCUGCUUAUGCAAAAGAAGCCAAGGCCAAACAAUUUGUGGAACAAGUCUUGAACACUAACUUUUGGACUGCUUGUGCUGACAUAGUGAAACUCACAGAACCACUUGUAUGUGUGUUGCGUCUCGUGGACAGUGAAGAUAAACCUGCUAUGGGUUUUCUUUACAGAAAUAUGUAUAAGGCUAGAGAGGAGAUGGUGAAGAGGUUUCAAAGAAAUAAGACAAAAGUGGAGCCUUACUUGAAGAUCAUAGAUGAUCGAUGGGAUUCACAACUUCGAAAAAAUCUUCAUGCUGCUGGUUAUUGGUUAAAUCCAUCUUGUAGAUUCAGUCCUGAGUUUGAGAAACACAAGUCCACCACAUCUGGUCUUAUAGAUGUCAUUGAAAAGUAUGCUCGUAAUAAUCAUGAGUUGCGAGCAAAGUUAAAUACUGAGACAAGUAUAUUUAGAAAUUCCGAGGGCGACUUUGGAAGGAAAUCUGCUGUAGAAGCUCGAAAUUCACCAUUUCCAGAUGAAUGGUGGGAACUUUACGGGUGUCAAGCACCACAUUUGCAAAAAUUGGCAAUUCGGGUUCUAAGUCAAACUUGUAGCUCUUCUGGUUGCGAGAGAAACUGGAGUGUGUUUGAGCAUAUUCACUCAAAAAAAAGAAAUAGGUUGGAGCAUCAAAGGCUUAACGAUCUAGUCUUUGUUCGUUACAACUUAAUGCUAGAAAAUAGGAACAACAAAAUUCGAAACUAUGACCCCAUCAAUGAUGAAUUACUUGAUGAUCAUCAUGAUAAUUGGGUGUUGGAGGAUUCACCGCCAUUUUUAACAGUUGAGGAGUUGGAAUCAUUACGCAAUGAUCUUGCCAAUAUGACCAUCCAACCUAUUUCAAAUGAUAUUGAUGGAUUGAAUUUGGAUGAGGAUGAUGAUUAUGGCAAUGAUGCACCUGACACUAAUGCAGAAAACAUGGAUCAAAGUAAUGUUUUUGAUGAAGCUGCUGGAGAAGAUGUUGAAUUCCUUGAUGAGCUUCAAAUUCAAUCAAUAUUGACUCCUUGGAAUUAAGAUGUUAUUGAUGAUAAUACUUGUGUUGGAAUUAUAUUUUCUUGGGAUCUUUUUGAAUUUUUAUAACAGGGGCAAUCUCUUUUUUUAAUUUAUGUUGGAAUCAUACUUUUUUGGGAUCUAUUUGGAUUUUUACUACCAAGAUGUAUUUUGAGUUAUGACUAUGUUUUGAA